AUGAAGCACCAGUCGAUCUCGCGGUGGUUGAGCCAGCUGGGACUGCCUCAGUACUGCACCGCGCUGGAGCAAGAAUAUGAUGGAGUAGAGGACUUGCUUCAUGUGUCUGAGUAUGAUCUGCUGGAGCUGGGAGUCCACAGUCACCUCCACCGGCUUCACCUCCUCACGUCGCUGCUGCUGAUUAAGGAGCGAGAACGCAGGAGAGUGUCUCCGUGCUGCAGUCCUGACCCGCCGCCCGAGGCCCGAGGCUCGGUGGUUGCUGAGGUGAACCUCUACUUGGAAUACUCUGUCACUGUGCUGUGGUAUUAUCUGUCUGUCUGGAAGCCUGCCACCCUGUCAUUAACUCAAAGGCCAGAUAUGUUCAGCUAA